UCAGUUUCGACUCUGAGAGAAAAAAGUGAGACUUUUAAUUUCGUCGAAAAAGAAAGAAACCCUAACUUUCUCGUCUUCUCUUUACCAUUUUGGAUAUAAAAGAAGAGAAACCCCUCAAGAAGACUCAACCGUUGGGCUCUGCUCUGAAACUCAAGUCUGUUUCAAUAUGAAAUCGAGAAAGAAGGUUGUUGGUGGUUCCAGUGACAGAAUCAGCAGUUUACCGGACGCACUGAUUUGUCACAUCUUAAGCUUUCUUCCCACAAAAGAAGCUGCUUCAACCACUGUUCUUGCCAAGAGAUGGAAGCCUCUGCUUGCUUUUGUACCAAAUCUUGACUUCGACGACUCUUUCUGUUUCCAUCCUCCAAGGACUUACCAAAGAGCGACAAACAGUUGUGAAAGUUUUUUGCAGUUCGUGGAUGGUGUAUUGGCUUUGCAAGCGAAAGCCAAAGCUCCGUUGAACAGAUUCCAUGUCAAGUGUAAACAUUUUGUUGAUCAAUAUUGGGUUCUCGAAUGGAUACCCAAAGUCUUGAAACGUGGUGUGUUAGAUAUUGAUCUACAAAUCCCUACCUCUCGUGAUAUUUGUGAAAAAUCGAGCUUCUAUCCUCUGCCUUCUAAGCUCUUUGAGAGCAAGACAUUGGUUAGGCUGAAGAUACAGUUUAAAGAUGGCGUCAACAUUCAUGUGAAACGUGGUGUUUCCCUUCCGAAGCUUAAGACUCUCCAUCUUGAUUAUAUCCAGAUAGAAACGAGGACGUUUAACAAGCUUCUCUCUGGCUGUCACGCGCUUGAAGAAUUAGUGCUGGUUAAUUUGAUGUGGGAUGAGUCUGAAGAACCUGAACCUUUUUGCCCUGUGACUGUGUCUAUCCCAACCCUCAAGAGACUAAAGUUUUGCCGUUCUGAAGAUUUCUAUGAGGCUGAUUUUCAUGAGUAUGGCUACUAUGAUGAGGAAAGAGAGGGAGUGUCUUUGUCGUUUGAUAAUCCGAAUUUGGUCUACCUGGAGUAUUCUGACGCUGUUGUGGACAAGUAUAAACAUGUGAGUUUUGACUCACUUGUCGAAGCUAAACUCAGACUUCGAAAUACACCUGAUGAUGAUGAAACUGAAACAGACAAGUUCAAUGUACCAAAGCUUCUCAUGGGAAUACGCAAUGUUAAGAUUCUCUACUUGUCUAAUGACACUCUUGAGGUACUUGCUUGCUGCCGAAGAAGAAUACCGGUGUUCCACAACCUAAUCGAGUUAACUAUUAAGACUACACCGUAUGUAGGAUGGGAAUCAUUGCCACCUCUACUCAAGAGUUGUCCAAGUCUAGAAACCUUGGUCUUCGAAGGACUGUAUCACAAUUAUACAGAUAAAUGUGGAGAGAAAGACGGAUGCUUGUGCAAAUAUGAUAAUGAUUGGGGGGUGAAGAUGGAUGUUCGUACUUGUCUAUCAUCAAGUCCAGUGAAGGUUCUGAAGAUAUUGAAGUUUGGUGAAGCUUUUGAUGAUGAUGCUGAUGCUGAUCGAGCUGAUGAUGACGAUGAUGAUCAAGAUGCUGGAUCUUGCGAUGAAGUUGAUGAUGUCGCAGAGGAGCAGAUUGAGCAUGUCAAGCACUUCCUAGAGACAAUGCCGGAUCUUGAACAAGUGAUAUUGUACUACAAUUCACCAAAUGAUCAAGAUGUGAUGAAAGUAUUCAGGAAACUUCAAAAGCUUCCUCGAGUAGCUUCAGCUAAUUGCAAUGUCCAAAUAAACUCGAAGAACCUCAGCUUGUCGUCUUCUUCGACUAAACGAGGUACUCGUCUAUAGAAGAUUCUUCUUGUGGUUUCUCAGCCAUGGAUAUGUCUCAGGCUACAAGUUCGUUUAGUUGCUAAAAGAUCUAAACUCCAAUCCAAGAUGUGGACUCUCUUGUUUCUGCCUUUUGUUCUUUCUUUAAUGACUUGAGUACUUUAAUGUUUGCUCUUUUGCUUUUGACUGAAAAUGUUGGUUAUCUUUUGUUUUUCUCUCUUCUCUUCCUUCAAAGAAAAUUAGCACUCUGUUUGUUUUCUC